AUGACGCCGCACCAACGGUUCCGACAAGGAGACACCGUCGUAUCCAUUGCCAUCCGUAUUGACAUGACCACGGGUGAAUCUUACAGUCGCAUAACGGAUAUCCAAAAGUUCUUCCUUAACGCAUCGCUGUUCAACGCCAAUGGUGUCUUCCUGAACUACCUCGAGGACGAGAACGAACAAGUGGUCACACACUACCCCAACCACACCAUCGACAUCGUUGCGACCGACCCUCUUCAGCAGCAGCUCGAACGCUCAGCUGACCAGCAGUCAGUCUAUCACCAACAGCAAAUGCACCAGCUCAUCAACAUGGUCGCACAACAAAACGAGAUGGUCCGACAGCAAAAUGUGAUGCUUCAAGAACAAGCGGCAUCAAAGGAGAGGGAAGAGAGGAUGCUGCAGGAACAGGCCGAGUCCAAGAUCAGGGAGGAACAGAUGCUGGAGAUGCAGCAGGAGGUGAUCGACCGCUUAAUCGUGAACCAACAGCGGGUUGAUGCUAUCCUCGUCCAGAACUACGAGCUCCACGAGUACCCGAUUCCCAGGCUCUUUGUCGUCCUUUCUGAUUCCUUCAACGACUGGGACCCCAGAACCGUUUUGAUGGAGCGGUUCCGUUUGUUCUUCCUGUGCUAG